GGCGUGAGGCCGCGGGCUGCUGAGCAGGGUUCGUUGCGGGAGCUUCUGCCGGCUGCUUCUGGGUCCCCUUAGGUUUCGCUGCGCGACCCUGGGCGCGGGGACAGUCACUCUACGGGGACAUAAAUCAAUCGUCGUAACAACGGGAAUUUUCUCGUCGGGGAGCGAGGCGGCCAAUCGGCGCCCAGCGUCCGGUUGCCUGGCGGCGUCGGCGAGAGGGAAGCAUGGCGGCCACCGGAGCGGGGAGCACAGGAGCGGCGGCGCGGACCGGGCCCGUCUCGCCGGCUGCAGGGGGUUUGGUGGUUAACUGGUCGGGUCAAGGAUUGCAAAAGCUGGGUCCAACCUUACCCUGUGAUCCUGAUACUCACACUCUGAUUCUGGACAAAAACCAGAUAAUUAAAUUGGAACAUUUGGAGAAAUGCAGGAAUCUGAUGCAGUUGUCUGUAGCCAACAAUCGUUUGGUACGAAUGAUGGGUGUAGCAAAACUGACUCAGCUCCGUGUGCUCAACUUGCCUCAUAAUAGUAUUGGGUAUGUAGAAGGGCUGAAGGAGUUGGUGCACCUGGAAUGGCUCAACUUGGCAGGAAAUAAUCUUAAGGCCAUUGAGCAAAUCAAUUCCUGCACAUCUCUUCAGCACCUUGAUUUAUCGGACAACAACAUAUCUCAACUAGGAGAUCUCUCAAAACUUACGUCUCUGAAGACCUUGUUGCUGCAUGGAAAUAUUAUAACUUCACUUCGUACUGCCCCCGUUUGCCUACCUCACAAUCUGACUGUUUUUUCUUUGGCAGAAAAUGAAAUCAGAGACUUAAAUGAGGUUUCCUUCCUGGCUUCUCUUCCUCAACUGAAACAGCUGUCAGUAAUGAACAAUCCUUGUGUGAUGGCCACACCUUCAAUCCCUGGCUUUGACUACAGGCCAUAUAUAGUCAGCUGGUGUCUCAACCUUAAAGUUCUUGAUGGAUACAUGGUUUCUCAGAAAGAAAGUUUGAAAGCAGAAUGGCUCUACAGUCAAGGUAAAGGAAGGUCAUAUCGACCUGGGCAGCAUGUCCAGUUAGUCCAGUACUUGGCUACUGUUUGUCCUCUUAUAUCUACGUAUGGUCUCCAGACUGAAGAAGAUGCCAAACUGGAAAAAAUACUGAGUAAGCAAAGGCUCCACCAGAGGCAGCUCAUGUAUGAAAACCAAAAUGAAGGGCCAACUGCAUCUUCUGCUUCCAACAGAACUUUGCCAGUUACUUCUGAACACAGCAGUCCAGCCCAUCCACCACAGAUAGUUCUUGAAAGUGAACGUGUCAUCCAGAAGAAUUCCUGGGUUGGACCAAGUGUGAAUGAUGAUCAUUCCUAUGCAGUAAAGAACACUUUUCUUCAUGAAAGAAAUUGUCACAAGGAGCUGUACCUUGAAGACAUACAGACUGAUGAAGACAAACUAAAUAGCAGCCUGUUAUCUUCAGAGUCCACUUUCAUGCCAGUUGCUUCCGGAUUGUCUCCAGUGUCUCCUACUUCAGACCCGAAGUUAUGUGGAAUCAGUUUGGACCUAGAAGAUAACGAUACUACUGUAAUUGAAUUUGCAAAAGACGCUAAUAGAGGAGAAACAGUUAACAAGCAAGAAGAAACUUCUUGGCUUACAAAAGAGCACUCCAGCAAAGUGACAGAAGGUGUGGAAACUCAAGAGCAAAUCAAAGACAGGGUGCAGUUAUCACCUCCUGAUCUGGUAAAAGCUAACCAGACUGAUGCAAGCAAUUCUUCAGCAUCCUCUGAAGACCAAGUUCUGCACAGUCGACCUGGCAACUCAGUAGGGGCUGAAAUGAGAGUUACAACGCUCUGUACUGAGCAGGUGGCAGGAGAAAAUUCAGAUUCUUUAGCUGCUAUUGAUCAAGGUGCAGAUGAACUCCAAAGAAUGACUAAAGCAGCUACCAAGCUUCAAGCCUGCUGGAGGGGGUUUUAUGCAAGGAACUACCAUCCACGAGUCAAGGAAGUGCGAUAUGAAAUUCGACUGAGCAGGAUGCAGGAGCACAUAAUUUGUUUAACUGAUGAAAUACAGAAACUAAGAAAAGAAAGAGAAGAAGACAAGAUUCAGAGGCUUGUACAGGAGGAAGCUGUCAGAUUUCUUUGGAACCAGGUUAAAUCCCUUCAGCAGUGGCAGCUUACAGUGACACAACACUUAGGUGCCACUUGUCCACCUGGGACCCCUUCAGCUGGUACUUCUUGUCUAUCGGAACCGUCGGCUCAAAUAUCUACUACUGAGCAAGAGACCCCAUCAGAUGUCAGUUCUGCUUGGUUAACUCCAGCUAGUCAUGUUCUUCAAGAGAAGCCUUUGUUACAGUUCCCAGAUUCUGGCUUUCAUUCUGCCAUGGCUGACCAGACUCAUACUGGUGACUUGGGUAGCUAUGAAAAGAGUUUAACGGAAGGAACUGAGGCCUCUCUUUCAGUGGAAACUGUCAAACAGUGUGGCAAUUCUGUUUCAGAACGUUCUUCAGAUGUAGAAGAUGACCAUGGGGGAUGUGAACAAAGAGAGAGCUCUAAUAAUGAGCAGGACAACAGACUUCUACAGCAGUAUUUGGAAUCUGUUGAGCAGCUAGAAGAGGCGGAUGAAGGGACAAACUGCAGUGAUGAAAGAGAAGAGGGUGGCUGGCCGCAAAUUGAUAUUUCAGCAGAGAGCCAAGAUUCUUCAUCUGACAUUCUCUCUGUAGGUAUCCCUCAAGGCACAUCUUCCCCGGCACGAGGUGAAAUGAGUCAGACACCUGACAGCUGCAAACUAAAUUCAGGAAUAGGUGAAGGGAAGCAAACAGACUGUGAUUCUUCAUUUCAGAUGCUGCAUGUUGGAAUAGCUGUAUAGUAGGCUCUAUUUCACUAAGGACUAGGGAUUCCAUUUCAGUUUUGUUUUUUUUCCCCAUUGAUAUAAACUUAUUUCCAUUAUUUCCAUUAUUGUGUGCUUGGAUUUUAUUUAUUCAUGUUUUAUACUCAGGUUAACAAUUUGUUUUAGCAUUCUGCUCAUGUUGCUGAGGACUGACAUAUACUGUGCUAGCUUGAAAUCACCAAAGUUCUCAGUGGCUUUCAUUAUGCACUUUAUUUUCUAACACGUAGCUGAUAUUCUAGUAACUGGCUUCCUUGAAAUUAGUUCUGGAGGGGCGCAGGGUGGUGUUGGCUGUAAAUUCACACCAGUGAAUGUUUCAGUUAGUCUUGUGAUUUUUUUUUUUUUUCCUUUUUCUUCUAGAAAACAGAAUUGAAUCCUUACUCUGCAGAGAGAAAAAUCUGAUGAAAAAAGAUGAAAGCAGUUACCUCUCAGAGUUUUUGACCACAGCAAGUGUUAGCUAGUGUUUCAAAGAUGUGUUCCAUGAAUCCUGUGUCCAAGCCAGUGACAUCUUUUUGUCUUGUACUUGAAACUGCUGGCUCGGAAUUUGGUCAAUUACAUAGAUUCUGAAACAAUGACUUAGAGAAGUCAGACCUUAGGGAACUUCAAACAAACUUUGGUCUUUGAUUUCCCUGGGGUUGAAUUUCCCUGUUUUUUUCUCAGGUAAGAAAAAACUCAAAGUGGAACCUGUAGCAGCCUUUACUAAAUCAGUUUCAAAAGUGCACCUGAUCUGGGAGCUUAGUUUCCAAGAGUACACUGCUGGGCUACAGCAGCAGAGUUAAUGAUACGUAUUUUGCCUCCACGAGGUUGCUAAUGUCAUUUUUGGGAUUCGUGACUUUCUAGACCUGGGUGUGUUUGAUGGAUCACAACUCCUAUAUACAGGUAUGGAUAUUAAAAGCAAAUGUCAUGACUUAAAACUAUUGAUAUCUCUCUUGGUUGUUUUUUGGGGGGUCAUUUUUCUUUUUUCUACUUUUUGGUAUUUGACAUUCCAAUUACAUGUAGAUAAGAAACUAUUAAUUGCCUGUCGGAAAAUAUGCGUAGUUUCCUAAACUCUGCUUUCCGAUUAAACUCCAGGCAAGGAAUUGCAUUUGUAUUUUGUGUAAGCCAUUUAUUUAUUUAUGUUAAUUUUUUUUUUAGUGAAAAAAGGUCAGGUAACUUAAUAUAUGACAAAAGUGGGAAGGGAAAUUUGUUUUGCCAAACAAUUUGAGAUGGAUAUUAGUAAAGGAAAAGCUGACGUGACUUUUAGGGGUAAGUUAGGUUUGCUAUUAUUGCGUUUUGCAACAUGCAGUGAAAAGCCAGUGUUUCAACAGUUUGCUUAGACUAAUUUCUCCAAGAACAAUACUGCCAGUCACAAAGACAUAAACACGUAUGCUUACCGCAUCUCUCCGAACACACAGAUUAACUUCUGGUGCUACUGUGUCACUGAAAUCAACUAGUGCUGUCCUAAAGUAACUCUUCUGACCAUGUUACCGUGUAAAAUAAUACAGUUGUUGUAAAAGCUUCUGUUGCUUGUCUAUUUUAGGUUCUGAGCUGAAGUUUGUCAUGGUUCAGAUGUCUGGCAUGAGGCCAGCAUCCGCCUGAGGCCUCAAAAUAGCCUUUCUUUAGAACAUAAGUGGUGUAUUGGAGUUGUACCAACCCUCUACACAGUGGUAGAGUUCACCUUGGAAGAUUAAAGCUCUGUAUAUAGAGCAGCCACCAUCUUUUGUUUAUCUAUUUGGUUUUUCUUUCCAGAAUUCUAAGGCACUGAAUGCUCAAGAGACCUGCCAUUGUAGCCUGGCUGCCAACUGACUGUGCCUUGCAUACAUGAGAGCAUUAAAAAAAAAUGAGGUGGUGUAUUCUCAGUGUGAUGAUUUUUCUAACUCAACCUAGUUUACAGCAUAUUCGUGGUGUAACCAGAUUCAUCACUAAUCUUAGAACUUACAUGCUUGGGUGUUGAAAGUGGUAGAGGUGCAUUGAGUCAUCGCAUUAUCUAACUGGCUGUACAAAGCAAUGUGUAGUCUACCUGGCCAUACCCUUGUCCUCUGAAGUUUCUCACCAUGUAUUUGAGUUGCUCAUGCUUGGAGAUCUCUGCAGUUCUCCUUGACCAUCAGUCUGUUACCAAGAUCUCGUGAGCCUUUUAAGAGACUUUUUAAGAGAAAUUAUUUGUCCUUGAAUCAGUUAUUGGACAGUAGCAUCUGAAGGCAGCAGCUAGGUAUAAGAACCAAUAAGUUCUCUUUUGCAGCAGAGUGCUUGAUUAGCCUGUGCCAGAUCUGCAAAAAACUAGACCACUGUCUGGAUAAAAAAUGCAUCACUGAAGACACCACAAUGCUAUAAAUAUUUCUGUUUUGUGCCAGCUUCACUUUUUUGGCAACAUUCAAGAAGAGAUACAGCAAAUUGUGUACUGUACUAUAAUCAGAUAUAUCUUAUUUCUUUGUGGAGAGCUUUGCAGUACCAUAGACUUUUUCUGAUGUUCUGUAAAACAUCUUGUAUAUGCAUAAGAUUGGAAGGUACAGAAAUCAAAUACAGAUAAAACUUUGGAUUAGUAUUUACAGGGCUAAACGUAAUUAGUUUUUACAUGCACAGAACACUUUCAAUCUGGCCAUUGAAACAUAUACAGGGAAGGGCAUAAUAAGGGAUACAGUGGCAAGAUAAGGAUUCGAACGAUUCAUACUUCAGAAUGGCUUCUUUUCAUUCUGAGCUCUCAAAAAAAUCAGUAUAUGGAAAUGUAUACAUUUAAUAUAUAAUUUAACAUUUGUUCUUGUUUGUCUACUUAAGCUUUCUUCAUCCAAGUCUAAUUUUUUUCCAUGGAUAGGGAUGUACAGCUCCCUUUGAAGAUGAUGGUGAUUUCAUAAAGGCUGAAUAUAUGAAAAUCCAUGUCUGAAACUUUCCUGUAUUAAUACUGUAUGUCUUUUGGUGGUUUGCUUUUGCAAAGCUUUUGUAUUCAACAGAAGAAUGUACUCUGUAGGAAGAAGGGUGUUUUUUUGGCAUGGACUGACCCCUCCAGUGCUGAUGGAAGAGGUUACUGCUGGUUAUUUGUUAGGCAGUCUGACAAAUUUGGCUGCUCUGCUGUGAGCGUGGUUUAAGCACUUUGUUAAUUUGGUUAUAAAGAUUGGCUAAAUGGAGCUUUGACUACUUAGAAUGAUGAACCAACACAACCAGCUUUGCCCCUGAUGAGGUAAUUGGCUCACGCAAACCUUUCAGUUAGUCUGGCAGAGGUGACUCCUUUACUUGCUCUUCUCAAGAGGGGCACAAGGACAAAGAUGGCAGUGCAUUUCAGUGUAUUUUCGGGUUUAAUGUUUCGUUGAUAGUAACAUCAACUCAUUGCUAUUUCCCUUUUCUACCAAGUACGUUUAUAUUUUACAGAUACUGCAAUCUUCCAUGUAAUCAAGAAUGCCGUUUUUCUAAUGUAUAUAAUGUUUGAUGCUGUUCAGAUGAUAGUUUGAAAAGUAGAAUAUUAUCGAAGCAAGCAUGUUCACGCUUUAGAUUUCAAGUUUGUUUUUUCUAAGGUAUUUGGAUUGUAUUGAUUCCUCUGUGUGUUAGGUGACUUUACAGAGAAAAACGCAAGGCAGUGCAUCAUUAAUGAAAGCAGGUGAGCUUGUGUUUCUGCAUUCUUCCACCAACUGCACUUAAUUGUCACAACUCUGUUCUCCAUACCUGAAACUCUAAUGGAAUAUUAACCUGCUGAAUGAAUGCAGCGACUCAAACAUUUUAUUGUGGUGACUGUUACUGUGUGGUGCUAUUUUAUAAAUGACAUAAGCAUGUGCUGCAAAGGUGGGGUAACUUUAAGAUUCUGAACAUUGACCUGACUUUUCUUUUACUUAAAAGAAACAGGGUCAUACUUCAGUUGAGUGCUUGUGAACUGCCUGUUUAAGUUGGGAUUUACCAUUAUCUACAUCUUCGGAAGUGUUCUUAUAUCACAAAGCAAGAAGGCUUUAAAACUCCAAACCUGAUUUUGUUGCUUCUAGAACACAAAUAUCUUUCAGCUAAUACCUGAGAUAGUCCUCGCUACACUAAACGGUGGAAGUUUAACAGGUUAUAGUUAAGUUCCUUAAGCCACCACAGACUCUACUACUUGCAUGCACCAAUUUAAAUAAUGCACUUAGCAGCCAGUCUGUCUGUAUAUAUCUGGUUUUCCUGAAUAAUGUUGUAUGUUACUGAGUUUGCAAUUUAUUCCUGGUUUUUUUUUUUAUGGAUUUGUAAAUAUUGUCUGAAGAAUUCCAAGCUUAAUUUCUACUAGCAGCAGGUCAUCUGAAUUAAAAUUGAAGGUACAUUCCUUUAAGACUACGUGGGAAGUUUUGACUGGAUUUGAAGGUAUAGUGUGUCUUUCACACACACUUUUUCCUGAGAAGGUAGAAUUGUAGCAGUUAGUGGAGACUCACUGAAUGAUAAUAAAAUGUAAAAUUGUCCUGCAUUUAACCAGUGUAAAAGAAGCUUAUUUCCUUGUUAUUUUCUUCUUCUUUUUUUUAACCUUAAAGACUGUGCCACCCAAAUAAAUACAUGCAAAGUGUUUGUGAGUUCUCAAAAUCUCCUUUAGCAGUUGCAGGAUUUUUUUUCCCUCCCGUUUGCUUUUCUAAGACAAAAUAUUGGAGGGAAAAAGAGAAAUCCUGCUUUCUGUAAACCUGCCAAAAAAUCAGGACUCUUUCAGCCUGUUUUUAAUUGCUUUCUUUGUUUCGGUUAGGGAAGAAGCACAGGAUCCUCAACUUGAGAAAUCAUAAAACAGCGUUUAUCAGGAAAGGUGCUUUACUUCUUGGAAAGUGCCAAACCAAAUUUUAUUGUAUAAAUUAAGAGUUCUCAAUAAGGAACUUUAUUUUAUGACUUCAUUGCAUUUAUAAAUGUGUGGGCCAAAUUCACUUGUAGCAUAACUCUACUGAACUAAAUUUUGUUAAGUCUUUCACAGUAGUACUCUACCUCUAAACUAGAAUCCAGAAAAAUAACAAUUGGACUUUGAUUUGCCUUUCUACUUCUAACUAUUUUCUGUCAAGAUUGAUGGGUCGUUUAAAUUGGUACAGUUCGUGUGUUUUCUAUAAGUGUUUACAUUUUCUGAAUUUAUUGUUUCUUAUAAAUUUUGUUUGUACCUCUGAGUUUUGAAUUUUAAAUAAAUGAUUUGUAUGUUUAUUGAAAA